AUGCUUACUGUGGGUGUGAAGGGAGCCCUCUGGCUCGCCUUCAUCUCGGUGGCUGCCGCGCUCGGCCAGGAGCGCAUCAUCUCUACCAGCAGCCAUGGGGCUGAGCUGCAGCUCGCGGGCGGCUCUGUGGGCAAGGGCCAGAUUCUUGUCUCGAGCAACGACUACUGGGGCGUUAUCCGCGCUGCCGGCGAUCUCGUCAUCGACUUUGGGCGCGUCACGGGCACAAACUACACGCUUAGCAAUGGCGAGAAGGCGGCCGCUCCUGCGGCUUACACGUAUAAGCCGGUCAACAACAUGAACAACACCCACUACUCCACCACAGGAACCGCCAACUUCACCGGCCCGGCUUAUGCAAAUCCUUCGCCGGGAAAUGUUGUGAUCAUUGCUGGCACCAUCGGGCGCUCGACGGUCAUUGACAAGCUCAUCUCGUCCAAGUCGAUUGAUGUCUCGGCCAUCAAGGGCAAGUGGGAAUCUUUCACCAGCCAGGUGGUCAAGAACCCGGUGCCGGGCUGCUCCAAGGCACUGGUGAUCGCCGGAAGCGAUCCCCGUGGCACCAUCUACGGCAUCUACGACAUCAGCGAGCAGAUUGGUGUCAGCCCGUGGUAUUUCUGGGCCGACAGCCCGCCCAAGAAGAGCAAGAAUCUCUACGUGACGGAGAAGAAGAAGGUCCAGGGCCCGCCCUCGGUCAAGUAUCGCGGGUUUUUCCUGAACGACGAGCAGCCGGCGUUGACCAACUGGGUUGCCACCCGCUGGCAGGACACACCUUACGGCGCCGGCUACGGUCCCGCCUUCUACAGCCUCAUCUUUGAGGUGCUCCUGCGUCUUCGCGCCAACUACCUGUGGCCUACCCUCUGGGCGAGCAUGUUCAUGGUCGACGACCCGGGCAACCAGCCUCUUGCGGAUGCCUACGAGAUCGUCGUGGGCACCUCUCACACGGAACCCCUGAUGCGCGCCCAGAACGAGUUUGGCCAUUUCUACGAGGGCCCCUGGGCGUACAACCUCAACAACAAGACCAUUGACGACUACUUCCGCUACGGUGUCCAGCGCGCCAAGCCGUACGCCCGCAACAGCUUGUGGACGGUGGGUAUGCGUGGGACUGGCGAUACGGCUAUUGAGGGUCUCGGCGUGGAUCACAUCGUAGAGAUGCUGCAGAUUCUCGUCAAGAACCAGCGCCAGAUCAUGGCUGAGGGUCUCAACGCGACCGACAUCACCACCGUCCCCCAGACGUGGUGCCUGUACAAGGAGGUUAUGAGCUAUCUCUUCGCCGGGCUGCAGGUGCCCGACGAUGUGACGCUGCUGUGGGCCGAUGACAACUGGGGCAACGUCCGUCGAUUGCCGCUGCUGAACGAGACGCAGCGCCACGGCGGCGCGGGUGUAUACUACCACUUCGACUACGUGGGCGGCCCACGGAAUUACAAGUGGAUCAACACCAUCCAGCUCACCAAGACGGCCGAGCAGAUGCAUAUGGCGUACGCGCGCGGCACCGACAGGAUCUGGGUUGUCAACGUAGGCGACAUGAAGUCGCUCGAGAUCCCCAUCAGCCACUUCUUCGACAUGGCUUACGACGCCAAGCGAUGGCAUGUUGACAGCACCUUCGAGUGGGCGCAGGCUUGGGCCGAGCGAGAGUUUGGGCCCGAGCAGGCCAAGGACAUCGCUGAUGUCAUGAUGAAAUACGGCAUGUACGCGGCGCGCCGCAAGUACGAGCUGAUCGAGCCGCACGUCUACUCGGUCAUCAACUACAACGAGGCUGAUGCCGUCCUGCAGCAGUGGGCGGAGCUGGUUGCCAAAGCCCAGGGCAUCUACGACAAGCUGCCUGCUGAGACCAAGGCCGCCUUCUUUGAGACGGUGCUGCACCCCGCCAUGGCUGGCGAGAUUGUGCAGAAGAUUCAGAUUGGCGGCGCCAGGAACAUGUUUUAUGCUGGCCAGCGGCGUAAUACCGCCAACAAGGUGAUUCAGGAGGUGCUUGCUCAGUCGUCGGCUGAUGCCAACCUGACCCGUUACUGGGAUGCCCUGCUGGAUGGCAAGUGGAAGCACAUGAUGGACCAAACACAUCUCGGCUACGACGGCUACUGGCAGCAGCCGAUGCGCAACGCCCUCCCGCCUGUGCAGUACGUCCAGACGGAUUUCGCCGCCGUUGCUGGCGAAAUUGGCAUCGGUGUCGAGGGCUCCAAUGCUACCGUCAAGGGCGAUGACAGGUGGCACCCUAACAGCGCCAACGACCUCUCGGUCCCGCCCAUCGAUCCCUAUGGUCCAGCCACCCGUUACUUUGACAUCUUCUCGCGCGGCACAAAGGACUGCACCUGGAAUGCCUCCCCCUUCCAGCCGUGGGUCAAGCUCUCCCAGUCCACCGGAACUGUCGGCCCCAACCUCCCCGACCAGCGCGUCCUUAUCUCGAUCGACUGGAAGUCGGUCCCGAAUGGCUUCUCCGACACAGUCAAGAUCAACAUCACCACCCCUUGCGAAGGCAUGGACCGCUAUGGCUUCUCAGAGCCGCAUGUCCUUGUCCCCGUCCGCGCCCGCUCGGCGCCGUCCAGCUUCAAGAAGGGCUUCGUCGAAUCCGACGGCUACGUCGCUUUCGCAGGCGAGCACUACAGCUCGCUCAUCAAGCCGGCGCAAUCGACCGCCGACAACAAAAUGGUCACCUACCACACCUUCGCCCACUACGGCCGCACCGGCUCCGGCGUCGGCCUCAUCCCGCUCAACACGGAGAAGCUCACCGUCGACACCGCGCCCGCCCUCGAAUACGACCUCUACCUCUUCACCAACACGACCGCCGCCAACGUCACGCUCUACCUCUCCCCCGCGCUCAACUACCUCGGCGAGUACACCCCGCUCGAGUACGCCAUCUCGCUGUACCCUGCGGGUGGAAGUCCGACCUCGGUGAAGAAUGUCCGCCCUGUCGGCGCUACCGUCGGCGGGAACAUGCCUGCGGGCUGGGACGGUGCCGUGGCCGAUGGUGUGUGGGGGCGCACGGGGAAUUACACGACCAGUAGCUUUGCGGUGCCCGCUGAGGGGGCGUAUAAGCUGCGGAUCUGGGCGCUGAUGCCCGGGAUCGUUGUGCAGAAGGUGGUGGUUAAUCUGGGCGGUGUUAGGCCUAGUUAUCUGGGUCCUCCUGAGAGUUUCUUUGUUGGGGGGGACAAGGUUAGUGGGAGGAACGGGACCAGUUUUUUGAAUGAUGCUGAUGUCGUUGGUGGGGUGGGCAAGAGGGCUUUGUUGGAGUAA